CCUUGUCAAUAAACGACAAAGCUAAUAGAAUUGGAAUUUGAUAAAGCAAUAGCUUAACCAAUAAAAUACAAAUCCUUCACCCCCUAGUAGCGAGGAGGUGCCCUUGUCCACUUGCAUCAUAUGUGAGAAAGGAUCAGACAAAUAAUAUCCAUUCCAUAGACUGGACAAAAGGUACAAAUAAAAGGAAAAUUGCGAAUAGACAAUUGGAAACCCUACAGCCGAAGCAUAAUGGCCUUGAAUAUAAUUAGCAUGGCAAUAGUUCUCGCAUACGCAGCUAUUGUGAAUAUAAUGGCCUUGAAUAUAAUUAGCAUGCGUACAGAUGCAGCGGAAAAAUACAUAAUCGAAAAACAUCUAUUCAUGUAAACCUAAUGCUCUGAUACCACAUGUAGACAUAAAUCAUAAUAGCAUGGAUCCUAGAAUUAGAUGAUUUCACGAAUCGAUAAUAGAUCGGGAAAACCUACCUCGAUCCAUGACGAGAGCGGCGGCGGCGCUGGAGUAGUAAUCACCGGAAUUGAGUUUCUCCCUCUUGACCCCUUUAGGUUUUAGGUUUAGAGAUUUCUGUGAUGGCUAAGAAAUUCUACGUAAUGGGUUGAGAGAGGACCAAUCCUAGAGCUUCUUUAUAUAGACCCACCAUCAGGGCAUAUUAGGAAUUUACCUUUCAUUAACCUAAUCAAUAUAGGAUUUACCUUAUAUAUUAAAUCAUUAAGUGAUAAUUACACUUGGGCCACAAAUAUUCCCUAGUGACCUACGGGAAUUGGGCUUACAGAUUUUUCUCAUUCUCGACACAUGAUCCCUGCUAGAGGGAUGGGUUCUCAUUUCCAAUUCGCUGUGUGUAAGUUAUAUACUUGUAACUUGCUGGAUAUAUAUAUAUUCGGAUCAAUGCCUUAUUUUUACAGUGUGUAAAACUUUUUUUUUUACGACGAUCUAGUCAAAUCAAACCGAUAAUGACAUGACAUGAUAAACCCUGAAUAUAUAAAGUUCAAUUGGAUUAUUGAUUACUGCAUCAAUUAUAGAUAAAAAUUUGUUCACCUUUCCAAGUCUAUUACUUAUACAGUUAUACGCAAGGAGAUGACACAAGCACUUGGACGAGAUGAUUCUUUAUAAGAGGUUUCUUUCCUGAGGUGACUCGCAGUACCAUAGCUGAUAAUCUUUAGUGCAAGUUGCCGUGAAACCAGCUUUUCUUCUUUCCCAAGUCUUCUCCUGCACUUCAAUUAGAACAGUGCAUAAUAACACCAGUUAUUUGAAGUUAUAACGUCGGACUAUAAUCCAUGGACUCAUCCAGAUUUUGGGCGGGCCCAAUGACGAAGAGCUAAUCUGGGCUUUUGGGAGAUCGAGUACGUGGGCUAGUCUGGGGAGAGGUAGGUCAGUAAUUUACGUAAGUAACCGUCUUCGCCCCAGAAAUUCCCAAACUACUCAUUAAUUCCAUUAUUGCCCCUGGACAUAUAUCAUAUAUACAGAAAAAACCCGUCGUCUUCUUCUUCUCAGUUCUCACUCGAGUUUUGGCGGCAAGAGUAGAGAGUUUGUUAUUUCUUCCUCACAGACUCAAGACGCCGCCCCCACAAAGAACUCUGAAAUUCCCAUCCAAGAAAAUCCAUUUCCCCUCUCUUUCUCUCUACCAUGGCUAAGCUCAGCCUCCCAGUGCUCUUCCUCCUGCUCCUCACCGCCGUUGUCGCCGCCGCUCCAUCCGGCCGUCGCAACCACUCUCAUUCUCACCACAUCCACCCUCGCCCCCACCACCACCCUCGCAAUCGCAACUCCACCGCAUCCGCGGCUUUUCCUCCACCGCCACAAUCCUCGCUGGCGGCGCCGCCGCCGAACUCCGCCGCCUCCCGCCAAGAGCAAAUCAGGAACAUCAUCGGCGCACUGAUCGGCGCCGGAGACUUCAACAGCUGGGCGAACAUCCUGUCGAUUAACACACCGACCUACUUCCCUAUCUCCGCCACUUUCUUCAUCCCCGCGGACGAUUCCCUCGUAACCGCCUCCGGCGACGCAGCAUUCAGCGACCCGCUCGUCUUUCCUUACCACAUCGUCCCCCAGCGACUCGCCUUCGCCGAUCUCCGCCAGUUCAAGCCGCUCUCCCGCCUCCCAACUAUGCUCGUCCCCAAAACGAUCCUCAUCACCAACAAUUCCGCCGCCAAUUUCACCCUCGACGGCGCCCUCCUCUCCCACCCUGAUUUGUUCACUUCCCCUGCCGUCGUCGUCCACGGCAUCGCCAAUCUCAUGGACUACUCCAUCUACGGCGAUGGUCCCCUCCAGGGAAACUCCGACCAGCCGCAGCCGCAGCAGAUGCAGGCGCCGCUUCAGGUAUUGGGGAAAUCGCCACCGGCGCUGUUCGUCCCCGCCGCCGGCGAAGUAAACGGGACUCAUCCUGAGGCAGAAUCGGGAGCAGAGUGCUUACGCGCCGUGGUUUGGGGUAUCUUCUUGGUCAUUCUUUACGCUUUUCUGGCGUGAUUUCAUGGGCUGAAUCAUUUUUUACCCUGCUCUUUAGUGCGCAAAACAGAAUUACAGAUCCUCUGUUCCUUACCGUGUUGAUGGUUCACCUAAUCCGUUGACAGACUGAUUUCAUCAGUUCACAGUGUAGAUUUCAGACAGAUUUUCAUCAGUUUACAGUUUAGAUUUCUAUGGGAGAGGCAAAUAGUGGGAUACCAUAUUAGAUUGACUCUGGCUGGUAUGUCGAUUACGGUGUAACCCAAUGUACUGAAAUCAUUCGGAGGAAGACUUCGUAUCAGUAAAAGAUGACAGCUUUC